CAAUCCCUGCGCCUCGCCUGACCUAUUUUUAGCCAGGGCUGGCCAUUGUUCUAUUUCUGUCACCUGUGGGCCACGCAGUUGUUGAUUCACAUGCAAAUGAAGCUUGCUCCCUCCCCGGCUUGCAUUACUGCCUCUGCGAGGUGCUCAGUACACACUACACGGCUUUCCUAGCAACUCAGCUUUACAUUUUUUCUCAGUCUCUGAUCAGUCAGUUUGCUGAAGAGAGAGGAAGAAGAAAAAUCACACAGAGAGACACAGAGAGAGAGAGAGAGAGAGAGAGAGAGAGAGGCAAAUAGGAAAAGAAGCUGGAUUCUUCUCCAAACACAGUGUUAGUGUUUGGAACAGACUAAAGCAGGGCACCCGGGAGAGUACCAGCCCUGCAGAGAGAGUGUAUGCUGCUUGUGUUAUUGCGCUUCAGUGAGAGUAGUUUCUCAGAGGAGGAGACAGAGGAAGGGAGAGAGUUGCCUGUUGUCGUGGUCUCUCCCCUGGAGUGGCUGAGGGUUGGCUCUUGGUGUCAGGAAACACAAGGCUUGCAAUGAGACUUGAGUGCUGAGUGGAGUAUGCUGCAGACGAUUUACGAGGGCGAGUCAAGUUUCUCCACAACAGAAGGGCGCGUUGGACACCAGCAGUUCCCCAACCCGAGCAAGAUGCACAACGUGAACAACUCAGUGGAUAUUAAACCAGACGUGCCAUUGGCUGUGGAGCCCUUGUCUCCUUUGGACCUCCGCACAGAUCUGAGGAUGCUGGGGCCAGGCUCGGACCCAGGGCUGUGGGAGAGGCAGCUGCAGCAGGAGCUGCUCCUCAUUCAGAAACAGCAGCAAAUCCAGAAGCAGCUGCUAAUCAGCGAGUUCCAGAAGCAGCAUGAAAAGUUGACCCGUCAGCACCAGGCUCAGCUCCAGGAGCACCUCAAGCUUCAGCAGGAGCUCCAGGCCAUGAAACAACAGCAGGAACUUGCAGAGAAGGAGCGCCGUUUGGAGCAGCAGCAGCAGCAGCAAAGCCAGCAGGAGAAGGAGCAGGAGAAGCAUCGACGAGAACACCACAUUUCCAGCCUGAGCCUCAGGGGCAAGGAACGCUCCAGAGAGAGUCUCACAGGUGCAGUGGCUAGUACGGAAGUGAAGCAGAAACUCCAAGAGUUUCUGUUGAGCAAAUCAGCUAAAGACUCUGCUAGCAAUGGAGCUAAUCAUUCUUUCAUUCAGCACCCAAAACUCUGGUAUACGUCCUCUCACCACACAUCACUGGACCAAAGCUCUCCACCUCUGGGCGGCACAUCACCCACUUGCCAGUAUACUCUGCCAUCGCCCGUAGAGAGCAAGGACGACUUCCCCUUGAGGAAGACAGCCUCCGAGCCCAACCUAAAGGUACGAUCCAGACUGAAGCAGAAGGUGGCGGAGAGGAGAAGCAGUCCCAUGCUAAAGAGGAGAGAUGGAAACAUCAUGACUCCAUACAAAAAGAGGGCUUUGGAGCUAAUGGAUUCUACGCCCACUAACAGUGCCCCUGGCUCUGGCCCCAGCUCUCCCAUAGGGGCUUCAAGUGCCUUGGGGGCUGAAAAUGGACCCUCCUCUCUGCCUACUACCACAAAAACGGAGAGAUGGCCUUCCCAGCCAAGACUGUUCCGACCAGAGGGCUCUGUCCCCAUGCUGAGCUUAUACACAUCUCCCUCUUUACCCAACAUCUCCUUGGGGCUUUCUACUGCAUCCUCGCCAAUUAGUGCUGCUAUGGGGUUGAAAGACAGAUCAACAGAAAUCAAGCACGGGCUGCCCGGGCACCUGCUGGGCCCUGUGCCCCUUCAGACAGGCCUGGAGUCUAAGGUGAGCCCCAGUCACCAGGCUCUCCUCCAACACCUCCUCCAGAAGGAGCAAAUGAGGCAGCAGAAGAUACUCUCCUCUGGCCAAGGCUCCAUGUCAUCGCACUCUCAGUCCCCCCUGGCCAUGAAGGAUCGUCCCUCCAGCACUCGGCCAAAACUACCAAAACACCGGCCCUUGAACAGAACCCAGUCGGCACCGCUGCCUCAGAACACACUGGCUCAACUUGUCAUCCAGCAGCAACACCAGCACUUCCUGGAGAAACAGAAACAAUACCAGCAGCAGGUCCAUAUAAAUAAGCUGUUGUCCAAGUCCAUUGAGCAGUUACGUCAGCCCAGCGCACACCUGCAGGAAUCGGAGGAAGAGCAGGAGGAGCAGCACAGAGAGGAAGUAGAGAGCAUGCAGGAGGACAGGCUGCCCCCUGGAGGUGUUAUCCGGAAGCACACGCUCAGCAGUAGCAGCAGUGGCUCGAGCAGCGAGCUCCCAGACACUCACUGCGGGGUCAUCAAGGUCAAAGAGGAGCCAGCUGAUAGUGAGGAUGAGGCUCUGACCAAUCAGAGCUUAGAGUCAGAGCAGAGCACCUAUCUCCACCAGGUCAAAGGGAGACUGGUGAUAAGAGCCAUGAUCUGAGAGGGGAAGAGGAUGAGAUCACACACUUGCAACAUUCGCAAAUAAAGAAGUCUUUAAAAAGACGCACAUCUGCAGACAACACAUGCACACAUACAUACGCACACACACACACACGCACGUGCACACAGCAGCUAUUGCACAGUAGGCCAGCUCUCCCUGUCAUGACAUAUGACCCCUUUUCACUCAGCUGCAGCCUCACUCGUCCUACACUCUUAAAACUCUCCAUUUGUGAUUUUUUGUGCAGUGAUCUCUGUAAAAUAUGUACGUUUCACUUGUGUAAAUAUGAAAAAAAAAAAAUUUAGACCGUUGUUUUUAAGAGCUGCUUUGGUCUUUUCGAGUCUGCUCGGCCGGCAAAACGUUGUGUGUACAUAUCCUGUGGAUUCGGCAUCAAAAAUGAUUUCUAGAGGGAAGUUUGAGCAGGUGUACAGCUUUAAAGAGCCACCUUUUGUUCCCAUUGUGUAUUUUUUUGUUGAUUUUUUUUGUUGUUUUUUGGAUAAAAUAUUUGAAUUCUCUGCUAUCCACUCCAUCAUCGUGUAAGUCAGUAAGUCCUCACAGUGCAUACCGCAUUGUUCUCGAAAAUCUGUGAUGAUGUUCCAUGUUAAAUGGUCUCAGACCUGAAAUAAUAAACAUCUGUCUUAGAAAGAAUGUACACUUAAAUCCUAAGGAGGACGCUCCCUUGGGUUGGCUUUUGUGCUGGGAGUGAUAUUGCCACUGCUCACAUUGCAAUUUGAAGGAUAAAGCACUGUAUCCCUUAUUGGGUGUGCAGACACAUCCCGAGUCUCCAUGUCUCUUACUCUCUUAGCAGUCCCAGAGCCGGGGUUCUGUGUUAAGCUGAGCUCUCCUCCCUCCGUCUCUCCUCUGGGUCCAAAUCAAAGCUCGGCCCAGUUCCUGCCCAGCUUUCAGCAGAGGAGUCAGACAGAGAGAACGAGAGAGAGAGAGCGAGAGAGAGGGCUGGGCAGGAAAUGCCUUCUAGAAGCCAGGAGUUGGAGUGAUUCAUGUGUGCAGGAAUGUUGAGAGAGGAGGACCUAGGGUUGGAGGAGUCCAAGGGGCCAGGCUUAAGAAUUGAUUUACUGUCAAAGCGAAUUACAAAGUGAGUGGGGAUAUGGUUAAGGGAGUCCUUUUUAAAGGGAAUCGCUUCCUCUGUAUUCCCCUGUGGCAUGCUUACCUCAACAUGCAGGUUUGAUGUUACUUCAAUAAAAAAAAAAAAAAAAUCUAAUUAAAAAAAACAAAAUAAAAAAACUGGACGGGACCUCGCUUCUCCGUUAUUUUUUGUGAACCCGUUUUCCCCCGAAGUGCCCAUUGCGACAUGUAUAGUCUGUCUUAAGGUGAUCAAUCAGUUGUAUUGCAUAGCCGUGAACCUUCCUGUUUCAUUUAUACUGUCGGCUAAAUGUAAAAAAAAAACAAAAAAAAAACGAAUAAAAACUAAAAGAGGUAGUGUAAGGUUCUGUGUUUGGAUUCAUGUGAAAUCAAAACUGUCUGUCUUAUACUGUACAUUCAGAUUGUCCAGUUUUAAUGUUUUUAGUGUAAGUAAACACAAUCAGAACAAUGUGAGUCUUGUUCUCUUGCUCCUUUGAUUUGGUUGUAAUGAGAACUCCUUUGCUGCCAGUGGGUGUGGAGGUGGGGAGGUGCGGGGGUCCUGUGGUCUGUUCAUAGCAGUUUGCAUUUCUUCUCUUUGUUGCCUUGCGUGAUAAACCUUUCUUUCUUUUUUUUUAAAAUAAAGUUAAUUUAC